AUGGAAGCCAUCAUCUCCGUGGUGGUCAUAUCCUCCUCCUCCUCUUCUGCUCCUAGGAAGCCAAAACAUGAUUCUAAAUGGUACGAAAUGAUCAAGCGACGCAAUGCUUUUAAGAGGAAAAAGAAGACUCCAGUCGUUUGUUUCGAAAGGGAUACAACUUUGGAAGCCUCUCAUGGGCUUUCAUGGGUUCGAGUUUGCUUGCUUGGCAAAGGAGGAUUUGGUUCUGUCUUUUAUGCUAAAACAAGAACAACCAUCAAUCAGGGAACUCAUCUUCCUCCUCAAAUGGCAGUCAAAUCUGCAACUAUGGAUCAAUCAUCUUCAUUAAAGCAUGAGAAACAAGUUCUCUGUGAUCUUACUUCCAGUCCGUACGUGGUUCGUUGUUAUGGAGACGAAGUCACACAUAUGGCUAAUGGGGUGAAAAUUCAUUGUCGUGGCUACAUCCAUUGCGAUAUCAAGCCGGACAACAUUUUGCUGGUGCCUGGUAAUGGAGAAAGGAAGGGAACUUUUGUAGCAAAGCUUGCGGACUUCGGAUUGGCUGAGGCAGUGAAUGAAGAGCUCCAUGAUUUGAGGGGCACAACCAGAUAUAUGUCUCCAGAAUUGGUGAGAGAAAAAAAGAUUGGGUAUGCUACAGACAUUUGGGCCUUUGGAUGUGCUGUGUUGGAGAUGCUAACUGGAAAACCAGCCUGGGAAUAUUCAGAAGUUGAAGAUCUUCUGUGGGUGAUUGGAUAUACAGAUGAACUGCCUCAAAUACCCAGUAAUGUAUCAGAAGAUGCAAAGGAUUUUCUGAGCCGAUGUUUUGUUCGUACUGCUGCUCAUAGAUGGUCUGCUGAUUGCUUACUAGAGCAUCCAUUCCUCUCUGUGAACUAG